CUCAACACCUCACUCCGACCACCUACCGUUUUGCCUCCUUUCUAGUUUCUACUAGGCACGAUGUCUUCAGACGACGUUCUUUCUACACUCGACAACGACGAUAAGGCGCGGGCCGACCUGCUGGACAAGCUCACGCUGCUAUUUAGCCCCGGCGCCGUGUUGAAGGAGGGCGACGAUGCCCAAGCUAUAACGUUAGAGCUCCUUGAACAGACACAGCCGAUAAUGGAAGGGAACCUUCACGUUCGCAUACAUGCAAAAUGGAGAACGCUUAAGCACGAGAGAGCUACAAUCAAGCGAGGAUUCAUAAGGAGGUUGAGACACUGGAACCAGAUUGUAGCGUACAGAGCUGGUUCCCUCAAUUUGAAGGACUUUACCGUGGACUCUUCACAACGCGCCCGAAGCAAGGCGAUGAUGCCGAAAGAAAAAGAUACUUCUGUAUCAGGGCCUCAUCAAUCAUCGCCCUCCACUUCAAUAGCAGCAGCCCCGUCUGAUCAUUUCACCGUGGUCAAUGCUGGGUCUGCUUCACCAAAUCCAAAUAUCAGUGGAAACGGUACAAGCGGCGAUCUGGCUACCCCGACCGUUGCCAGUCCCACAGUUGACCACGAACAGCACGUCACAGAUCAAGUGCUGGUGUAUGGCAUAUUUCCCCUGGAUUCAGAGGGGCGCGUCACCGAGAAUGAUCCCGCUGCCGUAAUCUCGGAAUACGAAAUGCAACUGCUGAACGCAGGCCAGCCUGUAGUGCUUCCCCUGAAUCCCUUUGUAGAUAGUGGUGAUGCCAAUGUCUCACCGACUACUCCGUGAAGAAUCGUCAUCGAGAGGUGCUAAAGAAUUCCAUAGGACACCAGGAAGCAUUUGAUCACAAUGGGGCUUCCGAUCAGCACAUCAUCCUACAUCUGGAAGAAUGGGUCCAGACGAUGCCAUGUUGUAUCUGAAAAUUCGCGCGCGGGCACGCCAGGGUCGUGAAACUCGUAGAGUACUUGUAUCUAAUGUACAUGGCUGAGUUGAGUCUCUAAACAUACAGAAUGACCACUAGUACGCUUACUGUGUCUGAAUCAAGG